GCAAGGCAGCAGUUUUCCACCGUCGUCGUCGCCGUACGGAAGACCCAAAAGUGUGCGAUCGGUGCGCCCCGGAGUUUUCUGCGUUCCGUUUAUUGCUUUUGCUGAAUGAAAAGAAAAAAUCUAACGUUCUCCUGGCACCUUGAGUUGUGCGUCUUAUCUGAGAGGAGGUAACGGAAAUAUCACGGUUGUAAGAAAAACACACAGUUUUAUCAUACACGCGGCGCUCUUCGGCAAAACCGUCUGACGGGGCUGCGACGGGGGAGAGGCAGGCAGUGGUUCGUGAUUUUCACGCCAAAUCACGGUGUGAUGUGAGGACAGGGCGCUGUUCAAAAAAAAAAAGGAAAACAACAAAAAGCGACAGUGGUCGUUACCGCCGAGAAAAAACGCAUCGUGACAAAACAUAGAAAUCGUUCGUGUACGGUGGUGACGGUCGUGAGAUAUUGGACGUGAACAAGUGAUUGCUAUUACGCUUGUUUUUUGCUGCAAAACUGCUCGCCAAAAACGGGCAGUAGUGCGUGGUGUUGUGUGUACGGGUUUUCCUUAAGUUAAUACCGCACGGAUUUCCAAACGCAGGCUCAGGCUACGACCGUAACGGCGUGAGAUUGUUCGCCGCCCGUACGCGCCAUCAGCAUGAGCUAUCAGAUGCCGCAAAAUAGAACAAUGUCGCACAAUCCGUAUCAACCGUCGGACAUGCCGAUGCCGUCGGCCAAGGAGCAAACCCUGAUGUGGCAGCAAAACUCCUACCUCGGUGACUCGGGCAUCCACUCGGGUGCGGUGACGCAGGUGCCGUCGCUGAGCGGCAAGGACGACGACAUGGAGGACGACCCGCUGAUGUUCGACAUGGACCAGGGCUUCUCGCAGAACUUCACCCAGGACCAGGUGGACGACAUGAAUCAGCAGCUGAGCCAGACGCGCUCGCAGCGCGUCCGGGCCGCCAUGUUCCCGGAGACGCUGGAGGAGGGGAUCGAGAUCCCGUCGACGCAGUUCGACCCGCAGCAGCCGACCGCGGUCCAGCGGCUGGCCGAGCCGUCCCAGAUGCUCAAGCACGCGGUGGUCAACCUGAUUAACUACCAGGACGACGCGGACCUGGCGACGCGCGCCAUCCCCGAGCUGAUCAAGCUGCUGAACGACGAGGACCAGGUGGUGGUGUCGCAGGCCGCCAUGAUGGUGCACCAGCUGUCGAAGAAGGAGGCGUCCCGGCACGCGAUCAUGAACAGCCCGCAGAUGGUGGCCGCGCUCGUGCGCGCCCUCUCCAACUCGAACGACCUCGAGACGACCAAGGGGGCGGUCGGCACGCUGCACAACUUGUCGCACCACCGGCAGGGUCUGCUGGCGAUCUUCAAGUCGGGCGGCAUCCCGGCGCUGGUGAAGCUGCUGUCGUCGCCGGUCGAGUCGGUGCUGUUCUACGCGAUCACCACGCUGCACAACCUGCUGCUGCACCAGGACGGCAGCAAGAUGGCGGUCCGGCUGGCGGGCGGGCUGCAGAAGAUGGUCGCGCUGCUGCAGCGCAACAACGUCAAGUUUCUCGCUAUCGUCACCGACUGCCUGCAGAUCCUGGCGUACGGCAACCAGGAGAGCAAGCUGAUCAUCCUGGCGUCGACCGGGCCGAGCGAGCUGGUGCGCAUCAUGCGCUCCUACGACUACGAGAAGCUGCUGUGGACGACGUCGCGCGUGCUGAAGGUGCUGUCCGUCUGCUCCAGCAACAAGCCGGCCAUCGUCGAGGCGGGCGGCAUGCAGGCGCUCGCGAUGCACCUCGGCAAUCCGUCGCAGCGCCUGGUGCAGAACUGCCUCUGGACGCUGCGCAACCUCUCCGACGCGGCCACCAAGGUCGACGGGCUGGAGACGCUGCUGUCCGGGCUGGUUACCGUGCUCGGCUCGUCCGACGUCAACGUCGUGACGUGCGCCGCCGGCAUCCUCUCCAACCUGACGUGCAACAACCAGCGCAACAAGGUGACCGUCUGCCAGGUCGGUGGCGUCGAGGCGCUCGUCGGCACGAUCAUCAACGCCGGCGACCGGGAGGAGAUCACCGAGCCGGCCGUGUGCGCCCUGCGCCACCUGACCUCGCGCCACCCGGAGUCCGAGGCGGCCCAGAACGUCGUCCGCAACGGCUACGGCCUGCCGGUGAUCGUGAAGCUGCUCAAUCCGCCGUCGCGCUGGCCGCUCAUCAAGGCCGUCAUCGGCCUGAUCCGCAAUCUGGCCCUGUGCCCGGCCAACGCGGCCCCACUGCGCGAGCACGGCGCCAUCCAUCUGCUCGUGCGGCUGCUGUUCAAGGCAUUCCAGGACACGCAACGGCAACGCGCAUCAGUUGCCACGAACGGCUCGCAGCCGCCGGGUGCGUACGCCGACGGAGUACGCAUGGAGGAGAUCGUCGAGGGUACGGUCGGUGCGCUGCACAUUCUCGCCAAGGAAGAGUACAACCGGCAAGUGAUCCGCUCGCAGAACGUCAUCCCGAUCUUUGUGCAGCUGCUGUUCUACAACGACAUCGAAAACAUUCAGCGUGUCGCCGCCGGUGUGCUGUGCGAGCUGGCCGUCGACAAGGAGGUGGCGGAGAUGAUUGAGGCCGAGGGUGCCACCGCACCGCUGACCGAGCUGCUCAACUCGGCCAACGAGGGCGUCGCCACGUACGCCGCCGCCGUCCUCUUCAAGAUGAGCGAGGACAAAUCGAUGGACUACAAGAAGCGCUUCUCCAGCGAACUGACCACCCUGCCCGUGUUCCGGGACGACAGCAUGUGGAACAAUGGCGAGCUCGGCAUCGGUCCGGACCUGCAGGACAUUCUGUCCCCCGAGCAAGCCUACGAGGGUCUCUACGGACAGGGGCCCGCGAGCGUGCACAGCUCGCACGGAGGUCGUGCAUUCCAGCAAGGGUACGACACUCUUCCGAUAGAUUCAAUGCAGGGGCUUGAGAUCGGCGGUGGUGGUGGCAGCAGCGUCGGCAACGGUGGUCCGGCCGGCAACGGGCUCGGCAACCAGCAGCAGCAGCAGCAGCAACAGCAGCAGCAGCAGCAGCAGCAGCAACAGCAACAGCAGCAGCAACACCAGCAGCAGCAGUCGGUCGGUAGCGGCGCGGGUGGUUCGGUGGUGAUGGGCGGUGGAGCCAGCGGUAUGUCCUCGUCCGGCCAGCCCACCUCCCCGUACGGCAUGGACAUGGACGUCGGCGAGAUGGACGCGAGCGAGCUGACGUUCGACCAUCUGGACGUGAUGCCGUCGCCGCCGCAGGACAACAACCAGGUCGCCGCCUGGUACGACACCGAUCUCUAAGCGGGGACACGGUGGUAGGCCACGGCAACCAGCGGGCAACGAAAGAGCGGCCCAUUGGCCGUCCUACUAUCUGCUUUCUGAAGCGGGGCAGCGAAUUGAUUCAUUAACUAUCUCUAGCUUGUAAGCCAUUUUUUUAAUCCGCUCGUUGAAACAUUGUUCGCCCAGCGUGAACACGCACCGCAGCCGUUGCUCUCGUUUCACGAAUUAUCGAAUGCAAAAUUUUAACAAGCAUCACACGCCACCAGCACAGCAAGCAUACGCUACGAAAAUGCUUAGUGUGUGGGGCAAUUACGAUUUCUUUACAUUUACAUUUUACAUUGCCUUGUGUCGCAACCAAUCGCAACUAUCGCCUUCGGGUCUUUGUAGGAGUAAACACAGCGAAGGCACCCGCGAAGGAAAUCAGCCGCAUGUUGCUGAAAUCGUCCAACUUCACAUAAUGCAGUAGAGUGCGUCAGCGGUUUGCGAAAUUCAGAUUCAACAUCAAGAUACGAUUGUACACAACCCGUCAUCGAACGGAUAUGCUAUUUUAUCUCUUUUUCCCUUUGAUUAUUGCGAUUCUUACUACGCGUAGAAACCCGUGUACACCGUUUCACGUGUAUCGAUACAUUUUUCCUUCCUGUUUCUCUCCCUAUCUUGUACUAUCACGUCCUGAUAAACCACGAAUAAUGGCAAAUGUGUAUCACGAGGAAACAUACUUACGAGAAAUAUUAAGUAAAACGAGUAUCGUAUGGCUGCCGCCACGUACCGUCUCUAGUAAUAAUAGAUUGAUCCAUACAUUAGCAAUGAUUAUGCAUGGAAACGUCGUCACACAAUGGGCGAGUUUAUAUAUUUUCUUUUUAUAUGCUUGUUUCGACCAUUUCAUAUUGUUUAUCAUGCCCCUCCGUCCCCCCGGGGAGGAAUAGUAAACAAAAAAAAAAAACUAUUAUUUUCUUUCCCAACUGCAACACUUUAGCUCGCGAGGAGCACUAGAGUAGGGCCAUGAAUGCAUGAAACUACUAACAAUGUACUGGAAAAAUAGCCAGCGAAGCAGCAGGAGAGGGCGUAUGUGUGAAACAAUGCGGCAGAAAGAGAGAAAGAGAGCGAUCGAUAGAGCAACAUUAUAACUCUAGUAUAAAAAGAUGAAAAAAGCUAACCUCUCCGGGGAUCAGGAGGAUAAGAGAAUCAACUUUUAUAAUACGAUGAUUAUAAAUAUUAAGUGCUUCCAAACAACA